GUGGACAGGUCGCUGCCCCGGCCCGGGCAGGCUCCGGCCGCCUCCGCAGGUGGUUGUGGAUUACUUGCCUUUGGAAGCACAUGCCCCAGGCAUUCCUGCUCUGACUUGAGCCCGGUGGUGCGGCUGCAGAGGAAGAAGCCUGAAGAGGGUGGGAGGAGCAUUUCACGUUCCCCCCUUUCCUGGUGACCUUCGCUUCUGGCCAUAUUAUUUGGACGUCUUCCCCUCCAAGGCUCACAUUAGGCAGAAUGCCUUAUGUUUAAAAAUUUACCACUAUCUGAAGACUCUGAGGUCCCAUCUUACCCUCUUCCAUGGUAAUUCCUUCUGCUGGCCUUUGUAUGUGGACCACAUUCAGUCCUGUUCAGCCCAUAUAAGUUGUAACUUAAAUGUAGGCUCUCAGUCUGGUGUAAAGCUGAUGGGUGGGAGCAAAGGUAAAGAAUGAUGUAAUGCAGCAGCACCCAGAAAGCAUCUUUUGUGUGAAUUUUGAAAUGGCUACUCCAUAGUCAUCUCCUGAUGAAUCAGACGUGAGGGGCUUCUUUGUGGAGCCAACCAUUUGUACAUCAACUGGAAGCAGGAGGAGACAUUCAGUCCAAGAGCUCUUUCUGAAAAUGUAUUUAACUUUUCUUUUGCCAGUCACUGCCAGCAUGACCUCAUACACUUCUAGUACAAUGGUGUGGCUAAGCCUUUGAGUACACAGCCAUUACAUCAUCGCAGCAAAUUAGAGAGGGAGGUGGGGAAAGAGGCCUUGUUGUUGUCAUGGCCGGUGAGAUGAUCAGGACCCAACUCAUUGUCGCUGAGAAGUUGGUGGCUUUGCUGGAGAGCGGGACACAGAAGUUGCUGCUGAUUGAUAGCCGCCCCUUUGUGGAAUACAACACCUCCCACAUCCUGGAUGCCAUCAACAUCAACUGCUCCAAGCUCAUGAAGCGCAGGCUGCAGCAGGACAAAGUUUUGAUCACAGAGCUCAUUCAGCAUUCAGCAAAACACAAGAUUGAAAUUGACUGCAAGCAGGAAGUGGUGGUGUAUGACCAAAGCUCUAAAGAUGUGACCUCUCUCUCAUCUGACUGCUUUCUUACUGUGCUCCUGGGCAAACUGGAGAAGAAUUUCAGCUCUGUGUAUCUGCUUUCAGGUGGAUUUGCUGAGUUCUCCAGCUCUUUCCCUGGUCUCUGUGAAGGAAAAUCCACACUCAUCCCUACUUGUAUUUCUCAACCCUGCCUACCUGUUUCCAACACUGGCCCAACUAGAAUCCUCCCUCAUCUCUACCUUGGGUGCCAGCGAGAUGUCCUCAACAAGGAGCUGAUGCAGCAGAACGACAUUGGCUACGUGCUGAAUGCCAGCAAUACUUGUCCAAAGCCUGAUUUUAUUCCAGAAUCCCAUUUCCUCAGAGUGCCUGUGAAUGACAGCUUUUGUGAGAAAAUUUUGCCUUGGUUGGAUAAAUCAGUCGAUUUUAUAGAAAAAGCAAAAGCAUCCAAUGGCUGUGUGUUGGUGCACUGUUUAGCUGGGAUAUCUCGCUCUGCCACAAUUGCUAUUGCAUACAUCAUGAAAAGAAUGGAUAUGUCCUUGGAUGAAGCUUACAGAUUUGUUAAAGAAAAGAGGCCAACCAUUUCUCCCAACUUCAACUUCCUGGGCCAGCUGUUGGACUUCGAGAAGAAGAUCAAGAACCAGAGCGGUCAGCCUGGCCACAUCAGCAAGCUGAAACUCCUGCACUUGGAGAAGAGCAGCGAGCAGGUGCUGGAGGCGGGGCACAGCAGCCUCUCUCCCAGCCAGCUCUGCCUCUCCGCCGCCUCGGAGCUGCUGGAGCCCAAGCCCACGGACGGCGGCGCCGGCCGCCGCGGGCACCCGGCCCCGCUGGAGGACGGCCCGCUGGUGCAGGGCAUCAACGGGCUGCACGUCUCCCUGGACAAGGUGGAAGACAGCAACCGGCUGAAGCGCUCCUUUUCCUUGGAUAUCAAAUCCGUAUCCUACUCGGCAAGCAGCAGCUGCGUGACCGCAUCGGUGCAGGGCUUCGCCUCCUCCGAGGACACGCUGGAGUACUACAAACACGCGGCUGCCCUGGAGGGUAGCAGCAAGCUGUGCCAGUUCUCCCCCGUGCAAGAAGUGUCGGAGCAGAGCCCGGAGAGCAGCCCCGACAAGGAGGAGGCGGCCCGGCCCCAGGAGGCCCCGGGCCCGUGGCCGCUGGACAGCACGGCCUCACGGCCACACGCAGGCCGGGGCGGCGGCGGCGCGGCCGCGCCUCGGCCCCUCCUGUACCCCCUGCACCGCAGCGGCAGCGUGGAGGACACCUACAGAACGAACUUCGUCUUCGGGCUCUCCACCAGCCAGCAGCACCUGGCCAAGUCCGCCGCGGGGAUGGGCCUCAAGGGCUGGCACUCGGACAUCCUGGCCCCGCAGCCUUCGUCCCUCACCAACAGCUGGUAUUUUGCCGCCGAGUCCUCGCAUUUCUACUCGGCCUCGGCGGUGUUCGGGGGCGGCUCCGCCUUCCCCGCCUACAGCUGCAGCCAGCUGCCCUCGGGCUGCGAGCAGCCCAGCGCCGUGCGCCGCCGGCCCCGCCAGGCCGACCGCGGCGACUCCCGGCGCAGCUGGCACGAGGAGAGCUCCUUCGAGAAGCAGUUCAAGCGCAGGAGCUGCCAGAUGGAGUUCGGGGAGAGCAUCCUAUCGGACAACAGGUCCAGAGAGGAACUGGGCAAAGUAGGCAGUCAGUCGAGUUUUUCAGGCAGCAUGGAAAUCAUUGAAGUGUCCUGAGGGGCGGAGGCGCGUGUGACUGGCAGGGAUGAGUGUGAGAGGUCCCUGUAAAUCUGAAACUUCCGGUAAAAAGGUGGAGGGAGGGAAGAAAAAGAGGCUUUGCUGUGAGCUCGGGAAAGGUUGGUACUGCAGGGAAGUGACCACGACGUCUGCCCGAGGAGACCAGGUGUGCUGCUGGGCUUUUCCCCUCGCCGGGAGCAAGGCAGAACACAGACCUUUCCCUGUCAGAGGAAGCAAUUCUGUGUGAUGGAUUGCACAUCCUUUCAGUGCCUUUUAACAAGGAAGCUCUCCUGGUGUCAAACCCUUUCUCUGGUUCCGCUGAACCCAUGCUCCUACUUGUCAGAACUAGUUUUGUUCUCCCCUCCCCAUGCCCCACGUCUUCACCAGUGCACCUUAGCCCUGACACUGAGCCAACCUCUGGAGGGAGACCUUUUUCCUGUAAGAAAAGGAGACUGGGAACGAUUCCAAAGGCCACAGGGACUGGUUACAGCAAGGCUGGUCUGAACACACCGUUCAGAGAAAUGUAAAUACUGGUGUAACUAUUGUUCUAAUGGAUAGGCUUUAGGUGAUUCACUAGAGAGCUGCUUCAGAAAAAAGAAAAACCCAGUACCUCAAAAAUACACAAAAUAAACUAGGGCUUUUUAUGGCUGCCACGUGCUGGUAGUUCAUAAGCAAUGUGAACAAGUAAUGACUGGCCACAUUUGAUUUUUUUUUUUAAAGCUGUCUACGCACAAGUGUUUCAGUUGGCUCAGCAGCAAUUCUUAAAAGAUGAAUGAGCCAUAUUUAGGACUGUUUCCCCAUGUCUUUUGAUACAGUAUUUUUAUUUUUGAUAUUAAGCUGGCUUCUGAGAGGUGUAGCUACUUUGGCCUCUAAGCUAUAAAGAAGUGGUUGAUAGGUAGAGCUACAUGCAAGAGAAGUGGCUGGUACAAGUGGCCACAACACACUUUACUUGCCCAUUAACAAUUCAGUUGCUAAAAAACAAUUCAAAUGUUUGGGGUUUUUUAAGGCAAAAAAUGAGCUGGAGUGGACUUUUGUCCUUAACUGAGCAGUUCCAGGGUGGAACUGUAGACACUGAAGGCUGUACCAUGUUCUCACCCUCAGCACCCCAGGGCAGACACCUCCAGCUCAAGGAGGUGUCACAGCCCUGGUUUCACAGGAGAUGCAGCACAGCUCUUCUCAUGUUUUUGACAGUAACCCAGCUGCUUCCCCUCCCACCUUGGCUGCUGCUCACCUUGGGCUACAUGGGCAUGUUCCCAUGAGAGGUUUAUGGUCAGAGAGGGGUGGCACCCUUCAGAACACGUUGAGGGGAAACUAUUGUUUUGUCCCAUUUCAGUGCAGGCAGAUGAAAAUUGUAGUAACAAAUAAUUAACCCUGGCCAACAGCUUUAAAAAAGAAAUUUGUCAGCAGCAAACUGAAGCCCUAAUUCAAGUCAGCAGCUUGGGUUAUGUUUGGGGUUUUUUUACUGUAAGUUUAGCUAGUUUGUGACUCAAAUCUCAGGUUUUACUAUAUUGAAAAGUGGAGAAGAUUUUUGUCAUUGUUUCAUUUGUGGCUAGGAUGUGACUUUCAUUUCCUACAAUGGACUGUUGAAAAUAGCACUGAAAGCUACAGCAUUGAUUAACUUGAUCCUAAAAAGUGCAAAAGGCACAGAGAGGAGGCACCGAGUCACUGAGCUCAGAGGCUCUUUGUGCUGCAUCUGCAAGAGGCUGGACGAAGGGCCUGGGCACAGGAGAGGUUGACAUCACCCUGGACACUGUGUCAGGUGCUGGCUGUUCAUUGAACGUGCUGCCACUUGUCUCUGUUUACAUCUCCAGUGGAAGUGAUUACAUCACAACUAUUUUCAGCUGUGUAUUUGCCUAUGUAAACAGUUGAACCAGGGCUCCUCUCAGCCACAUUUCAGGAAAAGCCUGUGGCUUUGACUUAAACCAGUUAAUAGGAGUUAACACGUAUCAGUCCCUGGAGGCAGAUUCUUCCUCUUUUGUGCUCCUUCAGACAUGUGUGUUCUCUCCCAUUCUUUGUAUGUUUGGGGUUGAUUGCCUUCUGAGGAACUGAAAUCUGGUCUUGUGGCUCCUUGUGAUUCCCAGUGUGUUCUGGAUGAAUCCAAGGUGUAGUCUUAGUACUUACAGGGGUCAGGUUCCCAUAGGAGGAAGCCUUAACCCCAUGUCCUGUACAGGGUGGUGCCCUGGCUCAUACCUCAGCUGGAGUCCUGUCCCUGAACAAUACCGGAAAUGGUUUGCAGAAGUCUGGAAGGCACAGUGGAGGAUGUGAGAGGGAAAAAUGUGUACAUGUUCAAUAUGAAUAUAAUGUAUGGCAUUUGGUGUGUGGCAUACUUGGCAUGUUGGGUGUAUGGUAAGCUGGUGAAAUGGUUCAGAGAGAUGUGAGUUUCUCAUCUUGUUGUGUCAUGAACAUUACCUGUAUGUUACGAUGAAAUAAAAUCAGAAAUGGUACCUGUUUAUACAGAAGGCUGAGGAAGGAGUUGUGGAGUGUUCUACCUGCAGCAGGACCUGCUCCCCUAAGCAGCCAGGAGUUCCUUUAUGGAACACCCCGUUCCCUGCAGGUAUGUUCAUGCAUGACAGGGCUGGAGCAGCUUUAGACCACUUCUCACAAGCAGUGUUGAUUUUACAGCACCAUUUAUAGUAAUUAUUUAGGCCUCUUACUUGUCCCUGAUGAUCCCCCUUCUGCUCCACUGAUGCGCAGCUGUGGGACUUGUCUGCAUUAAAACCUUCCACUGUGUAAUCCAGCUGUGAGUAAUCUGUUCCUCAGGCAGCUAGGGUGGUCUUACUGAAGCAAGUACUUCAAAUUGUUGAAGUUACCCAGAACGAACCCCCAUGCUUCUUUCUUGCCUUCCUCCCAUACUACUUAUUUGAAGAAUAAUUUAAUUACUUUUUUAAGUACUUGUUUUGACUGAUGCUGUCAGUCUUGAAGCAUUCAGAACAAGUUCUGCUCACUGAGAUUGGAGCACACCUCCCAUUGCUGCUUCAGUGAAUGGCCCACACAAAUGUAGCAUGGAUUAGAAUUAGAGGGCUGUCACAGUUGUAUCCUUAGAGAUGAAAGCUGUGAGUUUAUGUAACAGCAUCUUCAAACUCAGGUGCAGUAACAGAAGCCUUCUCUUUUGAGAAUUUCAAAGCACAGUCCCAGAAAGGGAAAUGUAAAAUCUUCAGUCUCCCUAAAAGAAACUGAACCAUCAGUCAGAGCACCAGUAUCAACCUGUGUGAGUUUCUGUGCUUAUUUCUACAAACAAGAUGUAGCAGCUCUUAGAGAGGAAAACAACCAUGCAAAUUCAAUGGCAUCAUCAGCUGCUUUGUCUACACAACAGGUUGGUUGACAUGACAGUCUUCUGAGAUUUAGCCGCUCACCCCAUUCCAAAGUCUACUUCUGAUUGCAGUAGCUCUGUUUGUUCCUUCAAGUUCUGGUUUUUUGAAGCAUUCACUUCAGCUUUCACCACUCCUCCUGACUGCUUUGCAGGACUUGCUCUCCUCCUGCUCCCUCCAUCCCUGGCCCUGCCACCAGAUAGCUCUGGGAAGAGAGUCUAACUCCACCUCCAGUCAAAACCCAAGGGGCAACUGAAACCUGCCUCAUGUAUGUCAUCAACACUUUCCAUUUCACUGGCAUUUCUAGGAAGAGGUCCCUGAGGUCACUGGGCUCCUGAUGUAACCACCAUCACAGUGAACAUUCCUAUAAUGAAAUGAACUGAAAAUAGAGCAAACUUCCCGCCAGCAGGGAUCAGGUAGCCCUUCUUUUGAGGGGGCUGGGGAGGAUAAGACAGUAGAAAUGUGGUAAUUAGGUGAACUACUGUCUUUGCUAACUGUAUUCAUCAGCUAGGUGCUCAAUACGCUGCAACUCACAGCACAAGUUGCAGACUGACUUCUACCCAGAAAGUGAGGGCAUGAAAAGCCCAGAACAAGGGGGACAGCACUAGGGUCCCAAUAAGACUGUUACUUUUUAAAGCCAAAAUCACUGCAAUUCAACUGAACUUACCUAGCCAGACAUCUUAAUUAGCCAGCCAUACACCCAGCUAGUCUGUAUUUGUUAUUAAUCUGCAAUAAAAGUUCUAGCACUUUUAGACGGUGUAACAUACACAAUACCACAACUGCAUUAUACACACAAACCCACAACUGAGAAUUCAGGUAGAACAGUCUUCCUAAUACAUAAGCUUUGACUGGCAACAGCACUCUCCCUUUGAAUCCUGCCUGCAAAGAACUUCUUGGCCCUCAGGUACAAGUGGUUGCUCUGAGGCAAACUGAAGUGUUUCUGCAGUAAAGCCUUCAGCUAAUUCUGCACUUCCAAGAAUAUUAGAAAGAGUCACCAUAAAUAGAAAAGGAAAGUGAGCUAUUUCUUGCCUUCUGCAACACCCACCCCUCUGGGAAGGGGCUGCUUUCCUGGCAUGUAAAAUGCUACCAAACACUUUUGGAGCAUUGUCCUUCUGCAAUGGAUUGCUCACUUUGAGGAGUGGAUUUCAGCUGCUGUUUCCAGGGACUCACACCAUGCU